CGGGGCGGCGAGGAGCUGCCGCCGCCGCCUCCCCUCACCUCAGGCACUGCCGGCACGGAGCGGAGCGGGCCGGGCCGGGCCAGCCCGGGCCCGGCCGCCCGCUGCCCCCCCCCCCUCCCUCCACCAUUCCCCCCCUUCCGUCCCGCCUUCGCCGCCCCCCAGCCGCCACCAUGCAGGAGCUCAUCGCCAGCGUGGACCACAUCAAGUUCGACCUGGAACAAGCUGUGGAGCAGCAGCUGGGGGCGCAGCCGUUGCCCUUCCCUGGCAUGGACAAAUCGGGUGCAGCUGUUUGUGAAUUCUUCCUAAAGGCGGCCUGUGGUAAAGGGGGCAUGUGCCCGUUCCGACACAUCAGCGGGGAAAAGACAGUUGUUUGCAAACAUUGGCUACGAGGACUGUGCAAAAAGGGUGACCAGUGCGAGUUUCUGCAUGAGUAUGACAUGACCAAGAUGCCUGAGUGUUACUUCUACUCUAAAUUUGGGGAAUGCAGUAACAAAGAAUGUCCAUUCUUGCACAUUGACCCGGAGUCUAAGAUCAAAGACUGUCCCUGGUAUGACAGAGGCUUCUGUAAACAUGGUCCCCUCUGCAGACACCGACACACCCGAAGAGUCAUUUGUGUGAAUUACCUGGUUGGGUUCUGUCCAGAGGGGCCCACCUGUAAAUUCAUGCACCCUCGGUUUGAACUGCCAAUGGGAACCACAGAGCAACCACCACUGCCUCAACCGACACAAACACAGCAAAAGAGGACACCCCAAGUCAUCGGAGUCAUGCAGUCUCAGAAUAACAACACUGGGAACAGAGGACCCCGGCCGUUGGAGCAGGUCACCUGCUACAAGUGUGGUGAAAAAGGUCAUUAUGCCAACAGAUGCACCAAAGGACAUCUGGCCUUUCUCAGUGGACAGUGAAAAGAGCAGGAAGAAGAGUGCAGGGGAGCUGUUAACACUGAGAAAAGGUUUCUGCCUAGCACUAUGUCUUGAACUAUUAAUCAGGUUGUUUUUUAAUGCCAUUACUGAAAGAACUGUUCUGAGGCUGGCUGCUGCUAAGCAACAUUUUUGUAAUUGUCCACAACUGGGUUGUUGGUUUGUUUGUUUGGUUUGGUUUGGUUUUCUUUUUAUGUUUUAACCUUUUAAAAGUGGAUUUUGGCCUCUGCCUGUUCUCCUUGAGCCCUGCUGAAAGGCAGAGCCGAAGGGCAGUAGGUACUCAGCCCCCUGCCGGUGCAACACAUCUUAACUCCAGUGUCUCUUUAAAGUGUUUCCCUUCUGCCACUUCUCUUUGGAGAACCUGCAAUGUUCCAGCCUCUCCCUGUGGAAGCAGGAAGACUGACUGGGAAAACUAAUACUCGAAUUGCCUUCCCUUCAGUGAGGAAGCAGAGAUCCUGCUCUCCUCUAGCUCUUUAAAAAAGCAAAGCCGUGUUCCCAGCUCCAGCCUGCUGCAGUUGGUGAGCUGCUGGGUGACUUAAUGCAUCCUCUGUGUCAGGCUGCAAAACCACUCAUGCCCACUUUGUUUUCUGUGCUUCUUGCUAUACUGGAGGUGAGAAAUCAAAUCUGGGUGAGAGCUGAUGGAGGGGAGACCAAUUUGGCGUUGCUGUGGUUAGCCAAGCGCUGCGGAGCGCUGGCUGUGGGAAAGCUGCCUCUGUGCAAGAAGCAAAGAGGAAAAGGAACGUGGCUGGAAGAGCAGGAAUAGGAGAGCUUUGUCUCAGCCCCUUGUCAUCCAGCUCACACUGAGCAGGCAUUCCCACAGCCUAGAGGAGGCCAGGAAGUGGAGAGGUGCAUUCUUAGGGAGCACUGCUUUUAAAAGCGGUAGAGGCCUCUGCCGAGAGCAGUUUUUGGCAAGCCAAACCCCAUCCGUUUUUUUUGGGAGACUCUUUCAAAAGGCCCAGUGGUAAAAUGUGAAUUAGAAAGAAAAAA